ACGUCGCAGUGGAAAAGCAAGCUCUGGAUUACGUUAACACAUGGACGAACGCGCAUGAGAGAUGAGCGAGUCGGUCAAAGUUGCAGUGAGAUGCAGGCCGAUGGCCCAGCGAGAGUUGCAGCAGGAGUGCAGGAACGUCGUGACGAUCGACCCUUCCUCGAAGAGCUGCACCCUGGAGAGCACUUCACCAGGUACUUCGGGGAAGGUCUUCCAGUUCGACGCAGCUUUUGGCUCCGAGUCCACGACGGAAUCUUUGUACGAGGACGUGGGCUCGGUCAUCGUGGAGGCAGUCCUGGACGGGUACAACGGGACGGUAUUUGCAUACGGACAAACCGGAUGCGGGAAAUCCUUCACGAUGAGGGGCUUCGUAGAGAGGAGCCUGGAGCACCUCUUCGAGGCGACCUCGACGUCGAGCACGGAGACGAGGUACCUGGCGCUUUUGAGCUACCUGGAGAUCUACAACGAGAAGCUGCGAGAUCUUCUCCAGGACUCCGAGGCGGAAGGUCUGCUGCAGCUAAAGGAAGACGCCACCAGGGGUACCUACGUCGCGGGGGGUCUGAGAGAGGUCACCGUGAAAAACGCCGCGGAAUGCGCGCUCUUUGUAGAACGCGGGGACAGAAGAAGAGCUUUGGCAGCGACGAAGAUGAACGCCGCAAGCUCCAGGAGUCACGCCGUCCUGACGUUAUCUCUAGAGGCGAUAGCAAUUAACGAGGAUGAUAAAAGAGGAAGCGCCGUGCGCAGGGGGAGGCUUCACCUGGUCGACCUGGCCGGGUCGGAACGUCAGGCGAGGACAGGUGCCACAGGUGAUCGCCUUAAGGAGGCUGCUAGUAUCAACCUCAGCCUCUCCGCCCUGGGAAACGUGAUAAGCGCCCUGGCGGCUGGGAACGGCAGACACGUGCCUUACAGGGACAGUAAGCUGACGAGGCUGCUGAGGGACAGCCUGGGGGGAAAUGCGAGGACCCUGAUGAUAGCCUGCGUGAGUCCCAGCGAUGCGGAUGCUGAUGAGACUCUCAGCACUCUCAGGUACGCUGCCAGAGCAAGGUGCAUCAAGAACAAGCCCAUCGUGAACGAGGACCCGAAGGACGCACUUUUGAGGCAGUACCAGCUGGAGUUGCAGCGGCUGAGGAAGCUGCUGGAGGGAAGCGACAACCCCAGGACCUUUUUAUCCACGACUAGGGAGGAAGACGAAGAGAUAGGGUACAGAGAAGAGGUGGAGAAGCUGAAGAAGGAGUGCGAAGACUCCAAUCUCUCCGCCCAGAGGCUGCAGGAAGAGCUGCGACUUCUGAGGAGCAGACACGAGGCCGCUGGCAGCAUCGUACCUGAAGAAGAGGUAGCAAGGGUAUCUCAGGAGUUAAAACUCCAUCGAGACCAGGACCAGGACCCAGAAAAGGGGGACAAGAGGCGAAGGAAACGAGAGGCGGCCAGGCAGGAGGUCCUGAAGAGGCUGGAAAGACUGACGAUAGGUGGAGAGGCCAGAGGAGACGAAGAGGCGAAGAAACGGAGAGAACGUCGCAGGAAGAGAUUGGAAGUCCUUGCAGGGGCUCUUCAAGCCGCAGACGAAGACGGAGGCGCCUUCGAGGUCUACGGGCAGCUAAAGUCCACGGAGGAGGCCCUGAAGAGGAUGGCCAGGAGAGCAAAGCAGCUCGAAGUGGAAGCUGCGGACUUGCAGGCUUCCUGGGACGCGGAGAGAAGAGACUUGCUGAGGAGGGAGCUUUUGGCUACGCAGAUCUGUGAGGCGAUGGUUCCUCAUCUUAGACCAGGGUGUCCUUUCAGAGAUGUUCCUGCAGUCAGGGCUGCUGCUACCUGGUGCGACGAGCUGGGCAGGUGGAGGCUUCCCGACGUCACUCCUCAUAUUCCUCUCCCACCGGCUCUCGGCAGGGACGUCUUCACUUCCGCUGGACCAAAGGCUGACCACAACAAUAACGACUCUGCUCGCUCGCAGGACGAGAGUCCUGGGGAAGCCCGGAAAGAGGAGAACCUGAAGGACAUUGCUGGAACAUACUUCAGGAGGAGCAGGAUCGACGCCCUCCUGGCGCACGUCAGGGCUGCUAAGACUCUUGAGAACACGAGGCUGAGCAAGUCCGGAGGCUCGGACGACGGGAUGGCGAAUCCUGGUGUCAGCUCCCAUUUCAACGCCCUGAAUCUGCAGACCACCGUGCCACUGAUAGGAGAUGUCGUGCUGAGAUCCAGCAGUCGCCUGCAGAACAAUUUUUCCAUUAAUGGAGUCAACGGCGUUAAUGGAGUUAAUGGGACUGGCGGGAACGACUGGCAAGAAGAUCCACGAUCUGGACAUGCCAUCCCCAGGAAGAAUCCUCCGAGGAUACUCCAGGCUUUGCCUUCUUAUCCUAUUGGCAGUGUCGUUAGGAUACCCUCGAGAAUCGCUGAGAAAACGCUCUCUAAAGUGAUCUCUCAGGACGAUGGAAGACUUCCUGGCAGGGCAUAUCAUGGACACCAUGCUCGAUCUCCUACUUGUUGAAUCCUUGGGGAUGUUCCGUUGUUCCGGGGAUGUUCCCAUUAGAGAUCACAUUUGUGCCCAUAAUGAUGAAAGUGGUCUAAGUCAAAAUUGAAAAAAAAAAAAGUGAGUUUAUCAGUUAUUUCACGCCACAUUAUU